UUACAUACGAGCUACAAAACCGGGACUGCUUAGUUAAUAUGAAAUAUGUUGUAAUAAAACCUUUAGAGUCCCUCUGUCCUUGGAGCUAAUGGCAGCGUUUGUCGGCUGGAAUUGUCGGCUGGUGUCGGUGGUCCGCUGAAAAAAAUAAAAACGCUACAAGUGAGCCAGCUGUCUCCUUGGCACGGAAAGGCAAAGAAAUAGCCAUGUCUGCGUCGGAAAGAGCAAAGGGAAAGGCGACUAAGGACAGUCUCUCUCUGCUGCCGUGCUUCUAUUUUGUUGAGCUUCCAAUCCUGGUGUCAUCUAUAGUGAGUCUUUACUUCUUAGAGUGGACAGACAUUUUCAAACCAGUGCGCUGGGGUUUCAGCUGCUAUGACCGCAGUCUGAGUUUACCAUACAUCGAGCCAACGCAUGAGGUUAUUCCCUUCCUCAUGCUCCUUAUCCUCACCUUUGGGGCACCUGCUGUCACGAUAAUGAUCGGAGAAGGCAUUUUAUUCUGCUGGCUGUCCAAAACUCAGAGCGGCCCUGGAGCUGAGGCAAACAUCAAUGCCGCUGGGUGCAACUUUAACUCCUAUAUUCGUCGUGCCAUCAGGUUUGUCGGCGUUCAUUUGUUUGGUCUGUGUGCCACGGCUUUGAUAACUGACAUCAUCCAGCUGUCGACAGGUUACCCAGCACCGUACUUUCUUACUGUUUGCAAGCCCAACUACACAUACCUGAACUCCUCCUGUGAUGAAAACUCUUUCAUUCUGGAGGACAUCUGCUCCGGGACUGACACUUUGAUCAUUAAUGCUGGCAGAAAAUCGUUCCCUUCCCAGCAUGCCACUUUGGCAUCCUUUGCUGCUGUCUACAUCUCUAUGUAUUUCAACAGCACUCUGACAGACUCAUCUAAGCUUCUGAAGCCCUUGCUGGUCUUCUCCUUCAUCAUUAGUGCCAUCAUAUGUGGCCUAACACGAAUAAUUCAGCAUAAGAACCAUGCCAUUGAUGUCUACCUGGGAUUUCUCCUUGGAGGUGGCAUUGCUUUAUAUUUAGGUCUGCAUGCUGUUGGGAAUUUUCAACCCAGUGAGGAAAAACAGAAGCGUGAACCUCAGGUGAAGGAUGCUGUUAGGUCUCUGGGUGAGCUGGGUCAACACAUUGGCCACCAUCUGCCUGCUAAAAGCUGUAGCAGUAGUGAUGGCAUUUCCUCUUCACACUCAGAUGGCCUCCUGCACCGUAAUCUUCAGGCGCGCCAUACUAGAUCCCUUACCAACCUGAAGAGAUCCAGCGCAGAUGUUGAAGUCCCACAGACCCACAGCCCUGUGGAUAAAGAGAGCAUGGUGACCUUUAGUAAUACUCUGCCACGGAUUCACGCACCUAUUAUAGGUGAUGGCACAAGCCGUAAUGGAACAGUUUAUUCAACCAUGGACACCAGCCGUUCAAAGCAGCUGUUAACACAGUGGAAGAGCAAGAAUGACAAUCGAAAGCAUUCCAUGCAGGCGGCGGACGGUUUACUGGGCCAGUGUUCCACCAGCAGCAUGGAAACUCGCUGUAGCUCCGAACCUUCCACCUUAGACAUUAAUAGGGAACAGCAAGGUCCGGCAGGGUCAUGUCUCAAAUUGGCCACUGGAAGCAGCACUUUACCCAGCAAUCCUUGUGGUAUUGCUGGAGGUACAAGAGUGUCUAUACAGCCCAGGCCAGGCUCCUCCCAACUGGUGCACAUUCCAGAGGAGACCCAGGAUGGCAUAAGCACUUCACCUAGAGGCAGUGUACGGGACAAGUGGCUGAAAAGCAUGGAAAAGAAUGCCAAUGGGCAGCCACGUGUUGUGCCAGUAAUUGGCAUGGCCAAACAGCAUGGCCUGUUGCCCACAGGCUCCAGCAGUUCUGAGAGCAGUAGUCAUACAAGUUCUACUGCACCUCUGCACCGCCAUAAGAGCCUGAGUGAGGAGCCUGGUUCAGUGGUCACCAGCCAGGGUUCCAUUAUCAGAGUGGAGGCUCACCCAGAGAAUGGACGACCCUUGGUUCAUGCACACUCUUCUGAUGGCACCAAUUUUUGGACAUGGAAAUCUCAGAAUAGCUUAAGACAGUCUUUUGAGCUCAAUGACCUCAACCGAGACUCAGAGAAUUGUGAUUCACUUAGGGACAGCUAUGGCUCCACAGACAGAAAGAGGAGCAACUCUGGUGCUCCGAUACAUGUCAUAGUCCCAACAGUUCCUGCUGUCUCCUCUGUUUCGACUCAAGCCAACUCUGUAGCAGAACAGCACCCUCAUCAAACUGUCUCCACCAUCCGGGUUACCCCUAUAGAGGGUAGUGAAAGCGGCCCGGAGGGUCAUGACUCAACACUUCGAAGGAAAAGCAAUAUGAUCCUAAUCCCUGAAAGAGGGAACAGCCCAGACACCACCAGGACCAUUUUCUACAAGGGCACUUCUACCACCCCAGCAUUUAAAGAGUAGCCUGAUACACUGUUUAUGUAUCACACAUGAGGUCCAUAUAUGAGGUGUUCACUAUGCUUAUCUACACACUUACAGUUUUCGGGUGUGUUUUGCACUCUGGAUUGCAUUAUUUCUUCUACUGCAUGAAAUCACUGAAUUAUAAUCUUGUCACACUGACAUAAAAGCACAAACCUAAAACUCUUGAACAACUAUGCUGUUGGCUGUUGUCCUAAUGAAGAAGUACAGUAUAUUGUAGCAUAUAACCCAAUUCUUUUGUCCUAUACACUGUGAAGUUAACCUAGUGCCAAGUCCUAACUUAAACACUGUAUAAAUGUUUAAUUUUUUAGUGAUUACCCUAGCCUUUUUUUUAUUGUAAUAGAAAUAUUCUCUAAAAUGGGUGCUGUCUUAUUUAGAUAUGGAAAAAAAGAGGAAAAAAUGUCAGAAAAUUGUUUCGUGAAAAGCAGUUAAUGACCAUGAGUGCUUAGGAUAUUUUCUGUAGUUUGUUGUAUAGUCUUGUAACCAGGGCUGGUGCAUACUAUUCUGACGCUCUAGGCAAAGCAGAAUGUAGCUAUACCUCCAACCAGUUAAGUGUUUAACUUUUUACAAAUUGACCCCUGAUGAUGACUGUCUUUUUAGGCCAUUACAUGUGCUUACAGAGUGCACUUAUAGAAAGAUUGGUAAAAUCUCAGAGUUGCGAUGAAAUAGGUGGGUGAUAAUGUUGUUAAAUUUACCUACCCAUGCUUAAGUGCCACUCUAUGAAAUUGCCUAGUUCACCUUUAUGUAUGCAUUGGCCCUGAUUAAAAUACCAUGCACUAUAUUCUCCUACUUGCAAUAUGAAUCUGUGUUUUCAUCAUGAAUUUUAUCAUGAACUUAUGUGUUUCUUACUCAUAACAGCACAUAUUUGCUUCACUUUGCUAUACACAGUGAUUUGACGAAUACUCAUGGUGUCACUAAUUUGAAAGUUUGUUCGGUAGUAAAUCGAGGUGCAAAUAGGUCACUGUCUUCCUUUGGUGUGUAUUAUAGUACCAGGUGCUUGUGGACACACUCUGCUGCUAUUGUAAGGUCACUUCCAGUCCAGACCUUUUCCAGCUGUGCUUUUCACUUCUUAUUUUCAUGUUCGAGUGGAAAGUGAGGUAGAUGUUAUGUAAGCUUAUGCCAUUGAUGUUUUUUUUGUUCCAUUCCAGGCCCUUCGUGUGGACCCAGUUAACUAUUUAUGUGUCUAAUGUUGAUCCUGAAACAACAUGGUCAAUUUUUUAAAACAUAUUAACCUAAACAGGCCCUAUAUCCAUGUAAAAUAUAUUUAUAUUUAAUUAGAAUUUACAGUACAUGUAGUUACUCUAAGAGCAUACAAGUUACCUAUUUUUAGAUGUAAUUACCAAAAUGUGGUGCCAUAUCAAUUAUCAAAAACAUAGAAUUAAAUGUUUAUUUUAAUAGACAUAAAGAUUAAUAAUAUUCUUUAAACUGAUUUUGCUGUGACUUUUUUAUAAAAUGUAUGUAAAUUUGCCAAAGGGUAUUUUAAAGGGAACAUUCUGUGUUUUGCUAUAGGACUUUUACAGCAGCCUGUAUUCUUGUAACCUACAUACAGUGUGGCUCAGCUAGAGUGUCUGCAUGUUGUUAUUUUGAUAUCAAAGUUUUUUUUCCCCUUUUUUUUAAAGGAUCAUCAAAAUGAAAUUAUUGAAUUGCUUAUUCUGGUCAUGCAGUCUUUGUGGACAGUCUUUAUACAGUAAAUGUUUCAUUACGUUAAUUAGAGUAGCAACUUUAACACUACACAGGAAAGAUUUCUGAACAGUGUGUGCACAUUUGAUUUAAGGAAUGCAACAAGCAUGUUUCUUAGAUGACUGAGAUACACUACCCUAAAAUACUGUGUUUUUUGUGUUUAAUCAUGAAGGUGGUGAUACUGUAGGUUACCUGUGUUUAUAAAUAAGUUCAGCAGCACCUAUUAAACUGGUACCAGACUUUGUUUGAGAGACUAAGAGACCUUGUCUUUCUCUCCAUUAGUUGUGCCAGAUCCACAUUUAAAAACGAUCCACAGGGAAAACGUAUG